AUGUUUAAGACAUCAUCAUUAUUGUUGAUUGUUAUUGUGACACUUGUUGCACUUGGUGCUCAUGCUAAGCACUACCCACAACUCAAGUGGGACGUGCAGCCAGACGCCAAGCUCUGCCCCAAGCAUCCGAUCAGCUUCACACUUUUUCUGCGCCAGCAGAACCGCGCCGCACUUGAACAAAAGGUGCGCGAGGUCUCUGACCCACGCUCGCCACUCUACGGCCGCUACCUCUCUGUAGAUGACGUCACCGCCAUCGUCCAGCCCACCAAGGAGACCCUAAACGCCGUCGACCAAUGGCUCGCCGCACACAGUCCACUCAGUGUGACCUACCACCGCAACAUGGACUCGAUCAAGGUUGUCAUGGCUCGUGAGAACGUCGAGAAGAUGAUGAAGGUGCACAUCCAAAAGUACACUCAUCAGAUCACUGGCAACUCCAUCCUGCGUUCUGCCACCGAUCCAGUGAUCGACUCAUCAGUCGCUGCACACAUUGACCUUAUUACUGGUAUCUCCCAAUUCCCAAUCG